AUGGGUUCGCUUUCUAGUAAUAAAGUAGUUUAUGUGAAUAAGCAUCCGGAAGUUGAAAAUAGUUGUCAUAAUGAUCGACGUGACGAGAUAAUUAUUGUCGAAAGAAAGAAAGAUAUCACAGAGCGUUGGCGUUGUGUUUUGUGGUUAUAUGGACUGACUAAAACUCGCUGGAAUGUUCAAAGUGAAAAUCGCAUCACCCGACCCGGUUCACUUGCAAGUGGGAUCAACUUAUUGCGAUCCACAUCAAACUUCAAUAGAUUGAACAAUGCUGCUAACAGUUAUACUGCUGAUAAUAAAUUUUGUAAAUUACUUUCUAGUGCAUCAAACGCUUUAAAACAGACAGCAGCAUCUAAACCACUGGAUUAUUCAUCAAUUCGAUUGCCAUUAUCAACUUGUUGCACCGACCAAGGUUACUUAUCAGAUACACAUUACAAAUCUAGUUGUGAUUAUAACCAUUCAUCGUAUAUUCUUGAUCGUGAAGUUGGUCUUGCGGCUAGAAUUGGUGGAUCAUGGAUUUCAGCCUCAGGAUCAUUUAAUUCUUCAUUGGAUGCUAGGAGCAGCACUAAAAGUUUUCAUAGUGCUGGAAAAUUUGAUUCUCCAAGUAGAACAAGCAAUUUUAAUGAUUUCUCUCACAGAACAAUGGAAAAAAUAUUUGAGUUGGAUACAGACAAGAAGAAAUGUAUAUACCAUGGGGAUUUACAAUUAAUUUACAAAUCAAAAGUUGACUUACUUAAACAAUAUCAGCAUGUUUUAUCCAGUAAAAGUGAUCAGUCUACAAGAAAUAGUAUUACUGAAAUCGUUAAAAACAUCAGGCAUAAAGAUGAUGAUAAUUUAAAUGUAAACUGUGACGGCAAUGAAUCUCCCAAUGAAGUGCCAAGUUUCGAUGAAAAGACAAAUAGAAGUGGAUUACAGCAACAGCAUAGUAUUAGUAAGAGAUAUUAUGAAUUGUUGAAUAACAUGAAUGAUAAAUCACUGACAUCAGGAGAUAGAAACGCCAAACUAAAACCGAAGUUUAUAUUAACACGUGGAAUACAUGUAUUUGAUUUUGAAUUUCAACUACCAGCAGAUUUACCUGGUUCAUUUGAAUUACCAACAAACUGUUUAGCUGGUGGAGCAUCAGCUAGCAUUACAUAUGCCGUACGCCUUGAAAUAUGCAAUAAUCGUUUGAAAAUGAGACACAUACAACAAAGAGAAAUAAUUGUAUUCAGACCUUUGGAAUUGAUACAUUUUCCAAGACUGAGGAAUUGUUCACCUCCAUCAAAUUUUGAAUGGACAUCGGCUAAUAUUUACUACAAUUAUCAAUAUUUAGUCCUACUGAGUCACUUUGUACCUUGUUAUGCAUCCUUCAAUUUUGCAUCUGGGGAUAUUGCUGAAUAUGAUCCAUUAAAUCAAAAUAAUUCAACACGUAUGACCCCUGUUUAUCGAUAUUUUAAACCAAAACCAAUGGAACAGACUGCUAAUAAGUCGAAUAUAACAUUUUCUUCUGAUUCACCUGUGAAUAGUAGCAGUAUAAAAUCACUACAGAAUACUUCAAAAUCCAGUCCUUCAAUACUCAAACCUACUGGUACAUCAAGUACAUCUACUAAUACUGGUACUGGAAAUAGCACAAAUAUAUCAGGAGAAAAUCGCCAAUAUUCCCUUAAGUCUAAUAAAUCAUUAUAUUGUACAGAACAUUCUCAAAAAAGUCCACGUCAUCAACAACAAGUUAAACAACAGUUAAGUAGCUUGAUUUACUCACCUGAUGAUGCUGUUGUAGCUUCGUUUACAACACUAUACAAUUCUGAUGGUGCUAAAUCAGAUACCUGCUCAUAUAAUCAGAUAUUAAACAAAAAGCAUAAGCAGGUAUCAUCAUAUAAACUGAGACGUCAAAACAAUUUUCAGGAGCUAACACCUCAUAAAACACAUAUUUCACUCUCAGCUGGUGUAAUCACUAAUCCUAUUAACCUGGAUACGCGUUCACCAGAGUUAUGCUUAUCUAAUCAACAGUUUUUCGAUGAUGGAGAUGUAACUUUGAGUAAUAUGACUAACAGUGCUGAUGAUAAUGUUAUUUCAACAUCAUUCAGAUCAAACAAACUGAAUAAAGAUAACGCACUCAACUUUUCAUUUAGUAAAGACCAAAGUCAAAUAAUACACCAACCCAUUCAACAUCUGAAGUAUUUAGAUGGGAAUGAAAGAGCUUGUUUAUCGUCUGGUCUAAGGGAACAUCACCAUCCCCAUGAUUCUUCUGUUUGUAGUAAAUAUGUAGAAAAUUCAAGUUUGGAAUAUAAAUGCAAAUCACAAACAAACAUUCCACUGCGUCAAUAUUCAUUUGGGCUAUUCUCAGAUGAACGCUCCUCAUUUGAUGAUCGGGAAGACUGCAGAAAUCAGCGACAUCAAUCUAAUGAAUAUUGUCAACAAUACAGUUCCGAAUUAGUUCGACCAAAACAAAUUCAUUAUGGUGUUGAUGAUGACGAAGAGAAUAAUGAAGAAGAGGAAGACGAAGAUGAUAACAUUCCUUAUGAAAAAGGGUGUACUGGAAGGUUACUCAAUCCCGACAACUUGUCAAGAAGCAGAAGUACAAGUUCGUCAAAUUUUAGUCAAAAUGAGGAGGAGGAAGAAUAUGAUGAUGAUCUUGACGAUGACCUUAAUAACACUUGUGAAGAAGAAAAUGCCAUGGGUAACCAUGAAGAUGAUAUUCUUGCUGCUGACAAGGAAGGGGAAUCAGACAAAAACUAUACUGACCAACAGCAGAAACAGAAUCAACAAAGCCUACAACAACAUCGUUUGAAAACCUAUCAAGACGAAUCACUUUCUCAGGCGUCAUUGAAUCUGAACCAUACUCCAUCGGAUAUAAAAGAACUGUACUUUAAAGUUCAACAAAUAUCAGAUCAAAAAAAUAUCUCAAUUAAUUAUAAAUUCAAACAGAGUAAAAAUAUUCAUGAUGCCUACUGA